AUGGACCCAACUGCCACCUCGAAUCCUGAGCACAAUCCAGUUCGAAGAUCAUCAAGUCACGCGUCGCACCCGCAAUCAAUCGCAUCAUCCCGUACACAGCGUACAGACAUCUUCAGUGAUGAAUUCGCUGUCGACCGUGCCGACAUUGGCGAGAUGACACCAGCCGACACAGGCAUGGAGAGGUUGGCACCUGGAAAUCCUUCGCAGCCUCCGAAUCCUACACGCCGGGACUCACAAAGCCAACCACAAAUACCGAUAAUCAACACGACGAACGAUGAAGAGUCGUCUCCUGUAACGCCAAGUUCGAAGGAAAGGAGAGCUGACGGACCAAGCUCGUCGCGCCCGACUUCCACAAUUCUUCUGCAACAAGAUGCCGAGCCGCGCAGAUCACUCAGUGUAUCAUCACAAUUCUCGAUACCCCGAGCCCCGAGCCCUUACAAUGGCCCAACUGCACCUAGCCAGCCAUACGCCAUGUACCCACAAGUCACACGUGCUUCGAGUGUAGCAAGUGGAUCCACUGUGCGCCCUGUCGAAAGACCGUUUGUGCCACAAGGCGGUCCCGAACAUCCCUACGCCAUGUACCAGAACGCUGUACCGGAGGAAGAUGACGAUGAAGCCGACGGAUCGGAGAAUCCAGCGGCUGGGUCGGUCCUGGGCGCAGGCGGAGUUGCUUCCAGUUUCGCGGGCGGAUCGUCCUCUUCUGGGAACGAUACAGGGGACAUAGUAGGCAGGGAUGGUCACAUAGAACAGCUUCCGCCAUACACACGAUACGCUGACAAUGUUGUGGCAAAAGGGGACAUGGCCCAAAUCAAUUCGGGCGGGUCGAUGCCAGUGACGAUGCCGGCAGAACAAGCAUCACCUUCGCUGACAGAUGCGUCGCUGCUUUCGCCGAACCAGUCCAGCUCGGAAGCUGAGAUCAACCCCACGACAUCAACAUCUUCUGAGGAAGAACAAGAGAUAGCGCGGAAGGAGGGGUUGUACGAGAGGAGCAAGAGAAGGAAAUGUUGCGGGAUUCCAGUCAUUAUUGUGGUGCUUCUCGUCAUAGUCAUCAUUGUGUCUGCAGCAGUCGGCGGAGUGGUGGGCGGAAUUGUUGGCAACAGGAAAGGCGUUGACCAUGCCAAAGCAGAGUCUGCAACAACGACGACAAUGUGGCUAGAUGCUGACCCGGUUGAGACCGGACCCUCCACGCCGCCUUGCCCAACCGGUCACUUCAGCAGUAUUCCCUUCGAUGCGAUCGAGGACAUCAACCAGUGUGUUGGCAACCCUGGCCUUCAAGAAACUUGGGACUGUCUUCCUCAGGCGAACCUGGGCGUAACAAUCCUGCCAGAGCGAGACUCGGGCGAAUACUCGAUCACCUUCGACGAUUACUCGAACGUCCCCCGGAGAUUCGCUUAUGGACCGCAGCCACCUGACUUCAACGGGACCAAAUUCGCGCUCGAGCCAGUCGAAGACCGCGACAACCGCGAUUAUGGAGUGGCGAUGUUCUUCAGUUAUCUAUUCGAUAAAAUCGUCAUUCUGCCCGAAGGUGAUCUGAAUCCUCAAGACUUUGACAAGCGAGACGGAUCGAAGCCACAAAUAAGUCGUCGUUCAAAUUACUCAGGGUAUCUGAGAGAAGGCGACAAUCCUUGGUAUUGCUACUGGAACCAAACAGUGGAGGAGUUUUGGAUAUUUCUCGAGCAGGACCUCAACUCUUCGUCGUCGACCACUGCCAACGUCUCCGCCGCAGCAGCCAUGGCAAUGUCAUCGACAUCCUAUGGAGGUCCGGGCUCUACCGCCACGCCAUCAACACCACAGACCUCCUCACUACCAUCGCCCACUUCUGGAUCGAGCCCAACCGCAGCAGCACAAGCUAUGUACGCAGAGGUUGUUUACGAAAAUCCACCCGCCGAGCCUACGCCUUCCGACUGGUACGGACCAAGAUAUCAGCGGGUCAGACGAGCAACUCCUACUAGCGAGAGUCGAGGAACCUACCCGACGUUCCCCAACAUGAUUAAGAUGAUCGAGAAGCGAAAGCCCUUCGGAAAUAUAGAGCCUUACUGCCAGCAGAUGGUCGUCCUGGAUGAUUUUGUUGGCAUCGUCCCCAAGGAAGGCGGAGCGAUCAUCAACAUCGAAGAGAAAGAAUUCAACGACAACCCGUACUCUUCGCCCUCAUCCGAUGAUGAGACGAACAUUAUUGGUGAUCUGGAAAGCCUGUGCGUCUGCGAGUGGAGAUAUCCUCAGACCUGA